AUGCAGCCAUGCUCCCGGUGCGCUGACCUCUCCGAGGCUCAUGGGGAGCCUGGUGCCAGGGGCUCCCCUCCUCGGUCCUUCCUUUUUUCUUCUCUUUUGCCUCUCUGGUUCUGCUGGGAUCAGAUCCUCUCCUGUGACCUGGUGGGGGCUCCGAUGCUUUCAGUCUUCCCACACGAAAAGCUUGCUCUUGACCUUCACCAGCAUGGGAUCUCCUCCACAAGGUCAAAGUGCACUCUGGUGUGGCGAAACCCAUUCUCCUUCCACAUCCAACUUGCUUUGGACAUUCCAGGUUUUCCAAAGCACCAGCUUCACUUUCUAAUGAGGAAAUUUCACAAGUCCCAUAAGCUCCAGCUCUGCUUCAGGCUCAGGAUGCCCACCACUGCCCAGUGGAAGUGGCUGUGUGACUGCUGCCGGGCUAGACAGGGCCACCAGUUCACUGUCUCCUCCCCAGCUGUGCCCAGCUCGGGGCUUCGCUUAAAACGGACCCAGCUUAGCCUUCCAGAGAUAGCUGAUGGGACUCCACAGCUGCCUGGUUCCCAAGGGCAUAGAGGGCCUGCGUUCUCCUUCACGUUGUUGCCGGGAGAGAGGGCUGUUCAGGUGACCGCCCCACCGGGCCCUGACAUCAAUGUGAGGCUGUGCCACCAGUGGGUUCUCGAGUGUGAGGAGUUGAGCAGUCCCUUCCACAGACAGGAGACUCUGUCUGGAGGUCACACAGUCCAGUUGCCCUAUGAGUUCCUGCUACCCUGUCUGUGUAUAGAGGCGGCAUACCUGCACCAUGACAGUAUGCGGAAGAAGCAGUGUCCCUUGAAGGACCAGCCUGAAGUCUACAGCAUGGAUUUCUGGAGGUCGGUGCACUUCACUGACUACAGCUACCAGGACCAAAUGGCCAUGACCCUAACCCUACGCUGCCCAGUGAAGCCCAAGGCCACCCUGUGCCAGAAACAGAGCUGGCACAGCCCCUGUGAAGACCUUCCCAAUGCCACAGUGUCUGAAUCGGAGGGGUGGUACGUGGUGGAGAAGGUGGAUUUACACCCACAUCUUUGCUUCAAGUUCUCUCUUGGGAAUAGUAGCCAUGUUAAAUGCCCCCAGAGGAACGCCUCCUCCUGGAAUGUGAGUAUGGAUAUCCAGUACAGACAGCUCAUCCUGCGCUUCUUCUCAAGGACCCCGGCCGCUUUCAGUGCUGCUUGGUGCCUGCCGGGGAGGGAGAGCCAUGAUCCCCAGCUGCCUGUGUACUCUGUCAGUCAGCCUCAAGGAUCCAGCCCAGUGAAGUCAGACCUCCUCAUCCCCUUACAGAGCCUCGGGGACUGUGUUCUGGUGUGGCGGUCAGACGUCCAGUACGCCCGGAAGCACCUUUUGUGCCCCGAUGUCUCUCACAGGCACUUGGGGCUUCUGGCUCUGGGGCUGUUGAUGGGGAUCUCCCUGCUGGUGACCAUCCUGGUUUUGAACUGCCGGGGCUUACGGAGACUGCUGACAGGCCCCCGUCGGCCCCGGCCCGUUCUGCUGCUCUACUCUGCGGACUCAGAGGCGCACCGCAGACUGGUGGGCGCCCUGGCCGAGCUGCUGAGGGUGGCCCUGGGAGGCGGCGGCGAGGUGAUCCUGGACCUGUGGGAGGGGGAGCGCGUGGCCCGCCUGGGGCCUCUUCCUUGGCUGUGCGCGGCCCAGGCCCGCGUGGCGCAGGAGCGGGGCGCCGUGCUGCUCCUCUGGAGCCGGACCAGCAGCCAGCUCUACCGCCGCUGGCGGGCCGGGGCCGGGGGCGAUCGGGACACCCAAGACCUAUUCCGGGCCGCCCUAAGCUGCUGCCUCCACCCUGGCGCGAGCCCCGGGAGAGGGGCGCGACCCCUCCUGCUGGCCUUCUUCGGCAAGCUUUGUGCCGCGGAGGACAUUCCCCGGCCGCUGCGCGCUCUCCCGCGUUUCCGCCUGCUCGGCGAGCUGCCCCAGCUGCUCCGGGCCCUGGGCGCCGAGGACGCCCGCGGCGCCCCGCGUGGGCUCGGGCUCUGGCCCCGGCCCGGCCCCCGCCCCCCGGGGCGCGAAGAUUGGCGGGGCUAUUCGCGGAAGCGCCUGCAGCUGUGCCAGAGGCUGGAGCAGGAGGCGGCGCGGGCGGAGCUGCUGCGCUCGGACAGCGGCUGAGUCGGAAGGGAAUGGGGGAAAGGUGCCUUUGUUCCUCCGGCCAGGGGGGACGGGAAGGCCGGCGUUCUGUGAAGAGAAGCGAGCUGGGGGAGGCCAG